AGUGAAAAUGCGUGAACUCGGAGUCGAGCGCAACACCAACUAUAAGAUACUCUUCUAUUUGGACUCAUCGGCGAUGAUUAGUGUCCACACACAGCGAUACGGAUUGGUUGAUGUGAAGCCAUUGGGUGUGAUUUGGGGUAAAUUCAAAGAGUAUUCGGCGAAGAAUACGAUUAUGUUUGACGACAUCCGCAAGAAUUUUCUAAUGAAUCCGCAGAACGGACUCCGCAUUCGGGCCUUCCGUGAGGCCCAUAAGAACCGCGACUCCGACCGAGAGUUGUAUUAUUUGGCCAAAUAUUUGAAGAGAAUUUCCAUUUUAGAGGACUUCUCGUCACUUAAUCACAGACAUUGGCAGCGAAUGAUUUUGGGCGACGAUCUCUAGCCCUGUGUCUGUGUGGCCGUCGACUCACCAUCGGAU